GUGCGUGGCGGUUGUGUGCGCGCAACUUUCUUUCUUGAUUUCUUUCAUUCGGUGGAAGGCGCCCACUAUUGAGAGCAGAGUCGAAUCAGUGGCCAACAAUAGCCGUAGGCCCCGCAACAUCAGAGAGUGUCCCAUACCCCCAAUCAAAGGCAAUCAACUAGGGGACAAAAGACGCAAACAACGAAAAACAACGACGCGCUAACGGUCACUGAAAUUGAAAUUGUGCAGCCCCCGAAACGUAAGCGCUCCCCCGCAAAAACGUAAGACCGCUGAUCUGAUCUGCUACGCGGACAGACCCAUGCCAGCGUUAGAGUCAGUCCGUGAGACGGUCUCAUAGCCAGCGGUCGACCGUUUCGUGCUCGCUCCGUGCCCCCGUUCCCUGCCCCACCAACAAAAAAAAAACCCCAAGCCAAGUCGACAAAGUGAAACGUACGAUGGGCCAAAUCAGUGCAAAGUGUGUGAAAAGUGUGCAAUUGCUUCAAUAUUAUUAAGAAAUUUUUUGCGACCAGCAUUCGUUUUUGGCGAAAGGCUGCCAACACACAGAUAACUGCUGGAAAAGUAAAAAAAUAUAUAUUAAAUAUACAGCAUAUUAUACUUUUGGGUAUAUUAUAUACUACUCAGAGGAAAAAACAAAUCUUGGAUACGAAACGAACCGAUUAAGCGAGAAAUAUUAAAGCUAAAAGAUGACUUGCGGCAUAUCGUGUGUCGAUAAGACACUCAACAAAUCGUUCUACCAUCUGGGCAUCAAGAUUGCUAAUAAUCCUGGAUAUUUCAUCAUCAUACCAGUGCUGUUGACCCUGCUCUGCAUGACGGGCUAUCAACAGCUGAAGUAUCAAAUCGAUCCCGAAUAUCUAUUCUCGCCAAUUGCGGGGGAGGGCAAGACUGAACGUGCCAUUGUUGAGCAAUAUUUCAAAGUGAAUUAUACGCAUCGCUUCAAUGUCGGACGCAUUACGAGGCCCGGUCGCUUCGGGCGGGUCAUAGUGAUAACGAAGGAUGGCGAUGACGAUAUGAUACGGCGCGAGGUCUUCCAGGAGCUGAGAACGCUGGACAAUCUCAUACAGAAUGCCACGAGCAACUACGAUGGGGAUACCUUCACCUACAAGGAUACUUGUGCGCGCUGGGAGAACGAGUGCUUCGAGAAUGAUAUCCUCAACCUGGAUGCGCUGAUGGAUGAUUUGGAGGCGGGACAGCUGAAUCUGACGUUUCCAUUCAUGUUCAAUCCCGUCACCUGGGAUGCGCAUCUCUUUCCCGUUUUCUUUGGCGGCACAAAGCUAACGGAGGACAACGUUGUGAUCAGUGUGCCAGCCAUACAGCUGGUGUACUUUGUGACCGCCGACAACAAGCGACAGGAUGCCAAAGGCGCCGAAUGGGAGGAGACCUUCCUGCGAGUGGUGGGAAAUGCUGAGGAGUCUGGACAGUUCAAGCACAUCUCUGUGUCAUAUUUCGCCUCACGCACCCUGGACCACGAGCUGGAGAAGAACACACAGACAGUGGUGCCCUAUUUCAGUUCGACAUUCCUGCUGAUGGGUCUCUUCAGCAUCAUUACCUGCAUGAUGGGGGAUGCUGUGCGAUCCAAGCCCUUCCUGGGACUGAUGGGCAAUGUUUCGGCUAUUAUGGCGACCCUGGCCGCCUUUGGCCUGGCCAUGUACUGCGGCAUCGAGUUCAUUGGCAUCAAUCUGGCAGCCCCCUUCCUCAUGAUUGGCAUUGGCAUUGAUGACACAUUUGUGAUGUUGGCUGGCUGGCGGCGGACAAAGGCCAAGAUGCCGGUGGCCGAGCGCAUGGGACACAUGAUGUCCGAGGCGGCCGUGUCCAUCACAAUCACCUCGGUCACUGACUUCAUUUCGUUUCUGAUUGGCAUCAUCAGUCCGUUCCGCUCGGUGAGGAUAUUCUGCACCUAUUCGGUCUUUGCCGUCUGCUUCACGUUCCUGUGGCACAUCACCUUCUUUGCCGCCUGCAUGGCCAUCUCGGGGUACAGGGAGCGCAAGAAUUUGCAUUCCAUAUUCGGCUGCCGCGUCCAGCCGAUGUCGGUGGCUAUUAAAGAGAAACGCAACUUCCUCUACAAGGCGAUCAUGGCGGGCGGCAUCGAUAGCGCGGAUCCCGACAAUCCCAUCGACAACAAGGAUCACAUGCUGAUGGCUUUCUUCAAGGACAAAAUGUCCGCCGUCAUUAACAACAAAUGGUGCAAGAUUAUCAUCAUCCUGGCCUUUGCCAGCUAUCUGGUGGGCGCCUGCUACGGCAUCACCCAGAUCAAGGAGGGUCUCGAGCGGCGUAAGCUGUCCCGCGCGGACUCCUACUCCGUGGAGUUCUUCGACCGUGAGGACGAUUACUACCGAGAGUUUCCCUACCGCAUGCAGGUGAUCAUUGCCGGACCAUUGAACUACUCGGAUCCGUUGGUGCAGGAGCAGGUGGAGAAUCUGACGAGCACAUUGGAGCACACCUCGUACGUGACGUCCAAGCGCUACACCGAGUCCUGGCUGCGCUCCUUCCUAUCCUUCCUGGAGCGCAACAACGAGCUGCUGAAUGCCACCAUCGAUGAUGAGCAAUCCUUCAUCGAUGCGGUCAAAGAGCACUGGCUCUUCCCCGGCAAUCCCUUCUCGCUGGACGUGCGCUUCAACGACGACGAUACGCAGAUCAUUGCCUCGCGAUUCCUGAUACAGGCCGUCAACAUUACGGACACCAAUCACGAGAAGGAAAUGGUGCGGGAUCUGCGCAAGAUCUGCCGAGACUCGCCGCUGAAUGCCUCGAUCUUCCAUCCCUACUUCGUGUUCUUCGAUCAGUUCGAGCUGGUGCGUCCCGUCUCGCUGCAGGCCAUGGUCAUUGGAGCGCUGAUCAUGAUGAUCAUCUCGUUCAUCUUCAUACCGAACAUCCUCUGCUCGCUGUGGGUGGCUUUCUCCGUCAUCUCCAUUGAGUUGGGCGUCGCCGGCUACAUGGCCCUGUGGGACGUCAAUCUGGACAGCAUUUCGAUGAUCAACCUGAUCAUGUGCAUUGGCUUUUCGGUGGACUUCACCGCCCACAUUUGCUACACCUACAUGUCCUCGAAGAAGCGCAGUCCCAAGGCCCGUGUCCGCGAGGCCCUCCACUCUCUGGGCCUGCCCAUCAUUCAGGGCUCCAGCUCGACGAUUCUGGGCAUUGUGGCCCUGCUGCUGGCCCAGAGCUACAUCUUCCUGGUCUUCUUCAAAAUGGUCUUCCUGGUGGUCUUCUUCGGCGCCAUGCACGGCCUGUUCCUGCUGCCUGUGCUGCUCUCCCUCUUCGGACCCGGCUCCUGCCUGACCUGGACGGGUCAGGACGAUGGCAGCGACGAUGAUGUCGACGACAGCCUGGACGAGCGGAAGCCGGAGAAGCCCUUCAACCAGUCUUACUACAUGCAGUACCCCACCAUGGGCAUCAACGGACCGUACGGCUCCAAGGGCUUCCUCGGAGCACCCUACAAGGCCUAUGGCGUGGACGAGAAGGACCAGGGCCUGGGCACCUCUGGCGAGGACUCGUCGGAGAGCAGUUCCAGUCGAUCGCAGCGCCGCCAGCAGUUGGCCAAUGCCGCCGCCGAGGAGGAGGCUGCACAGGAUCCACGCCGCCGCUACGAAGAGGGUUGGCGUCGCUCCUCCUACCAGAAUAUCUACGGCCCCAAUGCCAGCAUCAUCGCUGGCCAUGUCCAGGCCCAGUUCCAGGCGCAGCCCGAUCUCUACGGCCAACAGGUGUCGGCGGCCGAGUGGCGCCAGCGGCUGGACGCCCACGAACAGCAGCGCGGCCGGCAGCGACGCAAUCCCUACGAGAACUACGACCUGGACAUGCAGCGGGCGCGUCGUAACUCCCACGGGGACAUCAUCGACAUGCAGGGCACCGGCACCGGCACCGGCCCCGGCACCGGCACACCCAACUCGUCCGUGGAUGAGCGACUGCGGCGCCAGUAUGCCCAGGAUCGAGUGCUGAGCGGGGGCAGCGGCGACGAGGGCAGCUAUCGCCAGCAGCCGGGACGGGACAGCCCGACACUGGCAUCGCCACCAGUGGGGAACACAUCCUCGGCCAAAAGGUACCACCGGCGACGCUCCUCGGAGGACUCGACGCGCCAUCACCAGCGCUGGCCGGCGAAUAUCGAGGAGCGUCGGGCGCGACGCACUCAAUCCCCAGCCCAGCGCCAACCAGAGACUGCCCCGCCCAGCUUCGCCUAUCGCUCGUCCUCCCAUCACAAUCUCUACCAGCCACACAAGAACGGCAGGGCCGCAAAACAGCCACCCACUUACCAAUAUGGGGAUUACUACCACUAAGGAAGGAUCCCCAGGGAAUGGGCACUAAGCGAGGAUGUCCAUGCAGAGAUGUUCGCUUGGUGGAGAUGUGUUGGAGACAGGAAUCAAUCAGUGUAGAGAGAUGGACCAGCAGAGCAAAUUGUCUUGUCAACAUGAUAAACUAAUUAAGUUAGGCGAUCUUUAAAUGAAACUACUCGUACACUAGCAGGUGGUGCUGUACGUAAUGUAAUCCUCUCAACCGAUUUUGUCUUCAUUCUGUAGCUUGCCCCCCGCCCCCUACUUCGGUCCACACUGCCACAAAAGAGUAAACCACAACGCAACUCUUGUUCCACCAGUGUGAACCCAAUCGAAAUUUUAUAGCUCAUUACGGAUCGAUUUAUUUAUGCAAAAACAUUUCUUUCAUUCAGCAAAAAAAAAAAAAAAAAACAAACAUAAAAGGAGCUCCCAAUUCACACAACUUAAGGUACCAUCUACACACACAAAAUACUAUAUCUAGCAUUAUGUCUACAAUGUUACUUGAGUCAGACUUAGGGUUCCUUCCCCCAUAUCAGUGUUUAUUUAAAUUAAUUUCUAGCUUUAGUGUUCAAUGAUGAUAAAUAUAUAAAUAUAAUUAUUGUAAAGAUGAUAAUGAUGAUGAUAUAUGAUGUAUGUUUUGUAUAGUGCAAAAGCAACGCUGAAUAUUUAAUAACUAUUAAUUGUUAGGGGGCCGUUCACACACACACAAACACAAACACACACCUAGGCCUGAUGAUAUGCUUAGUCUGUAUUGAAUAUUAAGAAAUCUGGGGACAAGUUUGUAAAGCGUUUACAAUUUUUUUGCUAUUGAAUAAAAAUUUUAUAUUUUCCUAGAAAUUCGAGUAAU